AUGGAUCUGGUGAUCAAACACCCGGUGGGCCUCAGCAUGGAGCGCGCGAUCGAGCGCAACAUUGAGCGGCUCGCUCUCCUUGAUUCAACCUCGACAGUCACCAGACAGAUUGUUGUGGUCCCCCCUGGCGCUGGCAUCGUGCACCAGGUGAAUCAGGAGUACCUGGCGCAGGUGGUGAUGGAGGUCGACGGGCUGCUCUACCCUGACAGCGUCGUCAGCACCGACUCCCACUCCACCUUGACCCAUGGUCUCGGCAUCCUCGGCUGGGGCGAGAGCUGGUCUAGAGCCAAAGGUGCCAUGCGCGGGGAGCCCAUACGCAUGGACCUCCCCCAAGUCGUGGGCGUCAACCUCACGAGAAGGCUCCGAGCGGGAGCCACGGCCACGGAUGUGGCUAUGACGUGCAUGAAACCCAGCAUGCUGAAUUCGUUCGUGGAGUUUUAUGGCGAGGGGAUGCGGGAGCUGUCAGUGGCGGACCGGGCGACAGUGGCGAACCUGCUGUCGGAGUUUGGGGCGACCAUGGGGUUCUUCCCGGUUGACUCGGUGACGCUGCAGUACCUGAGGGACACAGGGCGCGAUGAGGCGAAGGUGGAGCAGGUUAAGGCUUACAUGCGCGCCAACCACCUCUUCAUGGAUCACGCCACGGCUGGAGAGGCGGAGGCCAAGCCCAAGUAUUCCAACUACCUCCAGCUGGACCUUGCGACUGUGGAGCCCUGCGUCUGCGGGCCACGCAUCUCUGGGCCCGACGCCUGCAGACCCUACUGUGGCUCACUGUAUUGUUUUGUCUCUACCACCCGAUCCCCUCUCUCGGUCUCCCUUCCACAGGGCUUCGGCAUCCUCCCGGACCAGCAAGGAAAGAGUGUAACGGUGACUCUUGAGGAAGGGGUGCAAAUCCAGCUGAAGCACGGAUUCGUGGUCAUCGCCACCAUCACCUCCUGCACCAGCGCGCUCAACCCGGCGGAAAUGUUGACAGCAGCCCUGGUGGCGAAGAAGGCGAGUGAGAGGGGGCUACAGGUGAAGCCCUACGUGAAGACGAGCCUCGCCCCUGCCUCCAACGUGGUGACCAAGUACCUUGAGGCCAGUGGUCUCCUGCCAGCUCUGGAGGGUCAGGGCUUCCACGUGGUGGGGCAUGACUGCACCACGUGCAUUGGAAGCUCAGCUAAGAUUUCAGAGUCUGUUAUGGAGGCCGUUUCUGACAACGGUCUGGUGGCAGCAACAGUGCGGUCUUGUAGCCGUACCUCUGAGGGGCACGUGCAUCCUCUCUUUCGAGCUAACUACCUUGCGUCGCCGCCCCUCGUCGUGGCAUAUGCGCUCGCUGGCACGGUGGACAUUAACUUUGAAGAAGAGAGCAUCGGAUCGGACAAGGACGGCAAUGAGGUGUUCCUGAGAGACAUCUGGCCCAGCAACGAGGAGGUGGCAGAGGUGUUGGAGAGGGCGGUGCUGCCGCAGCUCUUCCAGUCGGUGUACGAGGCAGUGAAGGAGGGCGCCACCGACGCCCUCUGGAACAGCCUUCCAGCAGAUGACGAGAUUGGUUGGAGGGACGGGACGGACGCGUCCAGCCUGCACCUGCUCAGUCAGGGCGACUCUGUCGCCACUGAUCAGACCUCACCUGCUGGUCAGUAA